AUGUCUCAGAAUUCUGUUCUUGCUAGAGAAUAUAGGAGAAAUUCUUUGAAAAGAAAGCGAACACAAGGUCACAAUCGAAAUGCAAGAGAGGUGCUCCAUUCCUUGAUGCCUGUUGUUUCUUUGAAUGAUUAUUCUGAAAAUUUAGUUGAUGUGUCCCAGAAUGUUUAUCAGAGUUCAACUUUUAUUCUGUCAGGUUGUCUUGAUGUUGGUGAUCCUAACUAUGAAUGCUCAAUCUGUGGGGCGUGUUUCUGGUUAUCAGAACGUGUUGAAAGAGAUUCUACAAUUAGUCGACCUAUUUUACUGAAGAGUUUGUAUUUCCAAAAAAAUAUUCGAUCCUAUAAUAGUAUGUUUGCCUUCACGUCUCUUGGUGGUAAGGUAUUGGAUUCAGUGAAUGAUGGGAGUGGUCCACCGCAGUUUAUAAUAACUGGUCAAAAUUAUCAUCGGAUUGGAAGUUUGCUCCCCGAUCCUGGUCAGAAGCCUAAAUUUGUGCAAUUAUAUAUAUACGACACUCAGCAUGAGAUAAUGCAUAGGCGGGAAAUCUUUCGGCAAACAUCUGAGAUGGAUGAAGAAUUGAUAAUUGAGUUAUUGCAAAUGAUUGAUACUCAUAAUGUCAUAGCACAGUCAUUUCGAAGAGUCAGAGAAUUUUAUCAGUGUCAUCCAUCCGAGAUAUUCUCUUUGAAGUUGUAUUCACAUAGGAAGGUUGAUCGAAGAAAUUACAAUCCUCCCUCUUGUGAUGAAGUUGCUGCUCUGAUUGUUGGAGAUUUUGAUUCGUCGGAUCAUGGUCGUGACAUUAUUGUUCGAUCUACUACUGGUCAGUUGCAACGUAUCUAUGAAACUCAUGCUCUGUAUUGGCCUUUACAGUAUCCGUUGUUGUUUCCAUAUGGCGAGGAUGGUUACCAGUUGAAUAUUCUAUAUCGAGGUCAACAGGAGGGAUAUGUCCCUGGAAGAAGAACAAGGGUUUCUCUCAGGGAAUUCAUAUGUUUUCGUUUGCAAAUUAGGGAGAAAGAAGAUGGAAUUAUUCACAAGUGUAGGCGAUUAUUUCAACAAUUUGUUGUUGAUUGUUUCACGAUGAUUGAGUCCCAAAGAUUGUAUGAGAUUAGGAUGAAGCAAAGUACAAUUAGAGGAGAAGUGCUUCAAGGAAUAGAAGAGGCUAUGCGUCGUGGUGACGAUGAAGCUUCUUCAAUUGGGACACGAGUCAUCUUGCCUUCUUCGUUCACUGGUGGUAGACGUUAUAUGUUUAAUCGUUGUCAGGAUGCGAUGGCAAUCUGUAAACAUUUUGGCUAUCCAGAUUUAUUUCUUACUAUUACGUGUAAUCCAAAUUGGCCUGAAUUUCAGCGGUUCACGGAGCGAGAGCGAAUUCCCAUCGCUGAUCGUCCCGAUAUUUCUUGCCGGGUUUUUCAUGCUAAGUUGAAAUGCCUACUAAGCGAUCUCAAGGAAGGUGUAUUUUUUGGUCCACUUAAUGCAGGCAUGUAUACUAUUGAGUUCCAAAAAAGAGGUCUACCGCAUGCACACAUGUUACUAUGGCUUAACGGGGAAAGCAACUUACAAAGUGUUAAAAUUGUUGAUGAAUUCAUCUGUGCUGAACUACCCAAUCCACAGAAGUUUCCAUCUCUUUAUAAUGUUGUCACCAAGUACAUGAUCCAUGGUCCUUGCGGUCUUCUUAGACCGAGUUCUCCUUGCAUGAAAGAUGGUAAGUGCUCAAAAUUUUAUCCGAAAAGAUUUGUUGAUCAGACGAGCUUUGAUGAAGAUGGCUAUCCGAUUUAUAGACGUCGUAAUAUGGGUGUGACAGUGAAGAUCAAUGACGUUGAUAUUGACAACAGAUUUGUUGUGCCUUAUAAUCCACUACUGUUAAUGAAAUAUCAAGCUCACAUAAAUCUUGAGUUCUGUAACAAGUCAAACGUCAUCAAGUAUCUUUUUAAGUAUAUCAAUAAGGGUCCGGAUCGGGUCACUGCAACUGUUGGAGAAACACAUUAUGUUGGGGAAUCUUCUCAGGUAGUUGAUGAGAUCAAGCAGUAUUACGACUGUCGUUAUUUAUCACCGUCUGAAUCCAUGUGGAGAAUUUUAGCUUAUGAUAUUCAUCAUAGAUGGCCGUCAGUACAGAGGUUGACUUUUCACUUGCCGAACCAGCAGCAUGUUGUAUUCGAUGAUGCUGAUAUCACCACUCAUGUUUAUUUGUGCAACAAAAAUUUGUUGACGAUGUUUACGGGUUGGAUGAUGGCGAAUAGACGGUUUCCAGAUGGCCAGUCUUUAACAUAUGUUGAAUAUCCAGGAAAAUUUGUCUAUUGUUCGAACAGUAGGGAGUGGAAGCCGAGGCAGAGGGGAUUUUCAAUUGGAAGAUUGAGUUUUGCUCAUCCGUCAUCCGGUGAACUUUUCUAUAUGCGGAUGCUUUUGAAUGUGCAGAGAGGUUGUACCAGUUUUCGGAGUAUACGAACUGUGAAUGGUGUUACUUAUGAUACAUUUCAGGAGGCAUGUUCUGCCAUGGGAUUCUUGAUAGAUGAUAAGGAGUAUGUUUCUGCGAUUAAGGAAGUUGCCGAGGUAGCGUCCGCUGCCCAGCUAAGGAGGUUUUUUGUGAUAUUGUUGUUAUUUGGUUCCAUGGGAAGGCCUCUGUCAGUGUGGGAACAAACUUGGGCCUAUUUGUCUGAUGAUAUUCUCUAUCGUAGAAGGCAUGAGCUGCAAUAUCCUAGUAAGAAUUUUGUUUAUGAUUUAAUGAUGAGUCAGGACGAAUUGCAAACAUUUUGUUUGUUAGAAAUUGAGAGACUAUUGCAGAGUAAUGGAAAAUCAUUGAGAAAUUAUGCCGGUAUGCCAGUUCCUAAUAACUCUCUAGUGUCUCAAUUUAGCAACUUGUUGUUGCUGCGUGAGUUGCAGUAUGACAUUGUUUCUUUGACUCGUGAGCAUGAUGCAAACGUCGUAAAGUUAAAUGAAGAACAGAGGGUGGUCUAUGAUAAAAUUAUUGAUUGCGUUUUGAAUAAGAGGCACGGAUUCUUUUUUGUUUAUGGCUUUGGUGGCACUGGAAAAACUUUUUUAUACAGGGUUUUGUCAGCUCGAUUGCGAUCUGAGAAAAGGAUUGUUAUAAACGUUGCUUCUAGUGGUAUUGCUUCUCUGUUGUUACCUGGUGGUAAGACGGCUCACUCUAUGUUCAAUAUUCCUAUUGAGCUGACUGAAGAAACUGUUUGUCAGAUUAAGAAGGAUAGUGCAAAAGCUGAGGUAGUCCGAUUGGCCGAUUUGAUUAUUUGGGAUGAGGCACCGAUGACUAACAAGUUGGCUUUUGAAGCACUCGAUAGGACAUUACGUGAUAUAAUGGUUUCGGUCUCUGAUAGGAAUAAAGAUUUACCUUUUGGUGGGAAGGUGGUUGUUCUCGGUGGUGAUUUCAGGCAAGUCUUGCCGGUUAUUCCGAAAGGUUCUCGUGCUGAGAUUGUGAUGGCUUCGAUAAAUUCUUCUGUCCUCUGGAAAUAUUGUGAAGUUUGUUGUUUGACAAAAAAUAUGAGGUUAACAAUGGGAUUGGAACAAUCAACUUCUCAGGAGUUAAGGUCAUUUUCAGAUUGGAUACUUCAGAUUGGUGAAGGUCGGUGUGGAACAGUGGUCAAUGAUAAACUUUUUGUUGAGAUUCCUUCUGAUUUAAUAAUUCCUGUCUUGGAAAAUCCAGUGGAGGAUAUUGUAAAUACAAUUUAUCCGAAUUUGGUUCAGAAUUUUCGUGAUCCAAGUUUUUUCCAGGAUAGGGCAAUUUUGGCUCCGACUGUCGACAAUGUUGAAGAGAUAAAUAAUUAUAUUGUUGACUUGUUGCCCGGGGAGGAGAAAAAUUAUCUCAGUGCUGAUUCGAUAUGUGGUAGUGAUGUUUAUUCUGAUGUUGAUGUUGAUUGGAUAAAUGUUGAAUUCUUGAAUCAGAUUAGGUGUUCUGGUCUACCUAAUCAUUCAUUGAAGUUGAAAAUAGGUGUGCCUAUUAUUUUGUUGAGGAAUAUUGAUCCAGCUGGGGGUUUGUGUAAUGGUACCCGACUUGUUGUGCGAGAUUUAGGGAGAAAUGUGAUCGGUGCGGAUAUUGUUUCUGGUAGCAACAUUGGGGAUAAAGUUUUUAUCAGUAGAAUGAAUAUGAUUCCCAGUGAUACAGUUAUACCGUUUAAAUUUCAACGUCGUCAGUUCCCGGUUUCUCUGUCGUUUGCGAUGAUAAUUAACAAAAGCCAGGGUCAGACAUUAUCAACAGUCGGUUUGUUCUUGCGUCGUCCUGUGUUUUGUCACGGUCAACUUUAUGUAGCUGUUUUCCGAGUUAGGAAUAGAAAUGGUCUUAAGAUUUUAGUUUGUGGUGAUGCAUUAGUUGAUCCUGUUAGUACUGAAAAUGUUGUAUUUACGGAAGUUUUUGAUAAGAUAUAA